AAGCAGCUUCCAGUGAGCUCCCAAGAGCUGAGCAGUGAGAGGAGCUGAGGAAGUGAGAGCACGUGUGUCUGUCUCAGAGCUGCAGUAUCUUCCCCCGGCUUCUGCUCUGCUGCAAUGUGAGCGGGGAGAAUGGGGCAGGUCGCUUGGAAAGGCUUGUUCCUGUCUUUCUUUGACUAUAAAACUGAAAAAUAUGUCAUAGCCAAGAACAAAAAGGUGGGGAUUUUAUUCCGUGUUGUACAGCUGUCACUUCUGGCUUAUCUAGUAGGUUGGGUAUUUGUGGUUAAGAAAGGAUACCAAGAAACAGACACUUCCAUACAAAGUUCCAUCAUCACCAAGCUGAAGGGAGUUGCUUUCACUAACACUUCUGAACUUGGCGAGAGACUAUGGGAUGUGGUUGAUUAUGUUAUUCCCCCUCAGGGUGAAAAUGUAUUUUUCGUAGUUACAAAUUUGAUUGUCACUCCUAACCAGAGACAGGGUACGUGUCCCGAGAGUUUCGGGAUCCCUGAUGCAGAAUGUUUGAAAAACAGUGACUGUCCAGAGGGAGAACCCGUUGUUGCAGGCAAUGGUGUAAAGACUGGACGUUGCCUGAAGACGGGAGCAGUUAAUGCAACGUGUGAGAUAUUCGCUUGGUGUCCCAUAGAGAAGAAGAAGAAUCCAAAGAUUCCCCUACUGGGCAAAGCAGAAAACUUCACAGUCUACAUUAAGAACUCAAUACGCUUUCCAAAGUUUGAUUUCUCCAAGACUAAUAUUCUAGAAACUGACGAGUCCUACCUAAAGAGUUGCCGCUACAGCAAGGAUGACCAUUACUGCCCCAUUUUUCACUUGGGAAAGAUUGUAUCAUGGGCCGGCAGUGAGUUCCAGAGCAUGGCCAUUGAGGGUGGAGUAAUUGGCAUUCAGAUAGAGUGGAACUGUAACCUCGACAAGCCAGCGUCAGAAUGUCACCCGCAUUAUUCCUUCGCCCGUCUGGAUAACAAGGAGAGAUCAGUCUCCUCCGGAUACAACUUCAGGUUUGCCAAAUAUUACAGAGACGCUAAGGGGAAUGAUUAUAGAACAAUGUUUAAAGCUUACGGAAUCCGCUUUGAUAUUAUGGUGACUGGAAAGGCUGGAAAAUUUAACAUCAUUCCAACCAUUAUCAACAUCGGUUCCGGGCUGGCACUGAUGGGCGCGGGGGCGUUCUUCUGUGAUCUCGUACUACUGUAUUUAAUUAAAAAGAGCAACUUUUACAGAGAUAAGAAGUUUGAGGAUGUGAAAUCAGCUUCUAAGAUGUCCCUGAAUGUCAAAGUCAACGGACAACCAAAAUCAAAGAGCCAAAAUGACUUGGACCAGGUUAGACUGCAGCCCCUUGAGGCCUAAACAUCCCAAGCAACAAAAAGUCAUUCUAUCUAUGGAACUAGAAUGAAGGAAAAGGGAUCUGGAACAACAGAAUAUUUCCACACUUACAUUUGGGAACUUCUUCAUUUGCAUUAAUGACUUUUUCCACCAUCUGCUGGUGCACUGCAAUCACACUCAUACUGUAGUGUUGGACUAUGUACUGGCAUCUGCACCAAAGUCUUCUCAUAAGUUCUGAAAGGGUCUUCUGCUGUUCUCUUGGAGGUCAGCAAAUUGGAUGGACUACAGACACGGGGUGGGCCAGGGGAUGAUCAUAUAAUGACACCCAACAGAAUGGACAGUCUUCUCUGUUUCUCUACUACUUUUUUAUGUCAGGGGAGGACACUGGAUACCACUAGGAUAUAGAAGGAUUAUUUAUACAAGAGCACUCCACCAGGUGAUAAGAACAGUAGUGAGGGUAUAAUGUCCCCUGUGAGCCUCCAUAGUUUGACAGCUGAAUUUCAUAGAAAUCCGUUUUAGUAGCCGUCAAUGGAUGGGAUUUCACUUGAGAGUGAACAGUUGGAUUCACUUGAUAUUGAUCAUUUAGACUGUAACUGGACCAAAGAAUUGAACCUUGAUUGUCAGUGGGACAGGGGAGGUUUUCUUUGGUCACAUGGUGCCAUCUGUUGGCCAACUGAUUAAUGUGGAAAAUUAAUAUAAUAUAAUGUCUGAUGA